AUGUGCACCUACCGCCCGCCGCUACUCCUCCUGCACGCCUGGUGGGCCCUGCUCCAGGCGGGCGCCGCGACGGUGGCCACUGUACCCCUAGGAGCGCGAGGGCAGCCCUCGUCGCCGUCCCCACUGGCGUACAUGCUGAGCCUCUACAGCGACCCACUGCCCCGGGCGGACAUCGUCCGCAGCCUGCAGGCACAAGAUGUGGCAGUAGAUGGGCACAACUGGACUUUUGCUUUUGACUUCUCCUUCCUGAGCCAAGAAGAGGACCUGGCGUGGGCUGAGCUCCGACUACAGCUGUCCAGCCCUGUGGAUCUCCCUGCUGAGGGCCCGCUUGCCAUCGAGAUUUUUCACCAGCCAAAGCCAGACUUGGAGCAGGACCCAGCCUACUGCCUAGAGCGUCUUCGGAUGGACCGGUUCACUGUCACUCUGUCCCAGGUCACCUUUUCCUCUGGCAGCAUGGUUUUAGAAGUGACCAGGCCACUCUCAAAGUGGCUUAAGCACCCCAGUGCACUAGAGGAGCAGACACCCAGUGUGGCUGGAGUGUGCUGGCAGCGGCCUGGCGCCCCAUUGGUCUCCGACGUGUUCCUCAUGCUCUAUUCCAACCUCUCACAGGAGCAGAGGCGGCUAGGCGGCUCUACCCUGCUGUGGGAAGCUGAGAGCUCCUGGCGGGCCCAGGAGGGGCAGCUCUCCCGGGAGAGGGGCAGGAGGCACCGCCGACAUCAAUUGCCAGACAGAAGCCAACUGUGUCGGAAGGUUAAGUUCCAGGUGGACUUCAACCUGAUAGGAUGGGGUUCCUGGAUCAUCUAUCCCAAGCAGUAUAAUGCCUAUCGCUGCGAAGGCGAGUGUCCUAACCCCGUGGGAGAGGAGUUUCAUCCAACCAACCACGCAUACAUCCAGAGUCUGCUGAAACGCUAUCAGCCCCAUCGAGUCCCUUCCACUUGCUGUGCUCCAGUGAAGACCAAGCCGCUGAGCAUGCUGUAUGUGGACAAUGGCAGGGUCCUCCUGGAUCACCACAAAGAUAUGAUCGUGGAAGAAUGUGGGUGCCUCUGA